CGAGACGCAACUCGAUCAGAAAGUAUCGACAUCUCAUGGUUCCGCUCUGGAAAUGGCCUCGUCCAGUCACUUAGCUAUAAAUGCCAAAUGAGCUGCUAUUUUUUGGAGUCGACCAAGAGAAGAUAGUCCCGUCUAAGCCAUUAUCCGGCUGGGAGUAUUGGGAAGUUUGUUACGGUUAUCUUAGGAGUGACUAGGCAGAAAAACAAUGCCACAUUUUCUGUGGCCAGAGCCGCUGUCACCCGCACAACUCAAGCGGCUGGAGGAGCAUAAAUACAGCGCCUCUGGUCGAUCUCUGUUUGAGCCGCCGUGUCAAAUCUACUGGAACUGGCUCGUCCAGCAAACUCCGAUAUGGAUCGCACCAAACACUCUGACUAUUGUUGGACUGCUGGUCAAUAUCAUCACCACGGUGGUGCUUGUGUAUUAUUGUCCCACGGCAACAGAGGAGGCUCCAGCAUGGGCCUUCAUCAUCAGUGCUCUCGGCCUGUUCAUCUACCAGUCUCUGGACGCCAUUGAUGGGAAGCAGGCCAGGAGGACGAACACCAGCUCCCCUCUGGGCGAGCUCUUCGACCACGGCUGCGAUGCUGUCUCCACAGUCUUUGUUGCUGUUGGAUCAUGCAUUUCAUGUGGAAUAGGAAGAUACCCAGACUGGAUUUUCUUCUGCGGUUUUAUCGGCAUGUUUAUGUUCUUCUGCGCCCACUGGCAGACCUACGUGUCCGGGACCCUUCGCUUUGGCCUGAUUGACGUCACAGAGGUGCAGGUCGCCAUCAUGACCAUGUAUUUGAUGUCGGCUUUCGGAGGCGUGAGCCUUUGGCAAACAACGUUGCCCAUCAUUGGACUGAAGAUGUACAUCUUCCCCAUCAUUGGAAUCGUCGGCGGGGCCCUCUACUCCUGCUACAACUACUUCCAUGUCAUUUUGAACGGAGGUGUUGGCAAAAACGGCUCAACUGUGGCUGACACCAGUGUGCUGAGUCCUAGUUUGCACAUCGGCCUCAUCCUCACGCUGGCCUUCAUCAUUUUCAAGAAGUCGUCAAACCAGCUGUUCGAGCUCCACCCCUGUCUGUACCUGCUCGCCUUCGGCAUGGUCAUCUCCAAGAUCUCCAACAAGCUGGUGGUCGCACACAUGACCAAGAGUGAGUUGAGCCUACCGGACACCGCCUUCGUCGGCCCCGGCCUCCUCUUCCUCAACCAGUAUUUCAACAGCUUCGUCGAUGAGCACAUAGUCCUCUGGAUCGCCAUGGUCUUCUCUCUUGUGGAUCUAACACGCUACUGUACGGGCGUGUGCCUCCAGAUCUCCUCCCACCUGCACAUCCGAGUCUUCAGCAUCACAUCACCGAGCCACGGCCACCGCGACUGAUGGCCUGCCCGGCGGGAGGAGGCGGGGGGAGAAGCAGACCUCUCCCCGCUCUUGAAAGCAAACGACGACGAGGAGAGAACCUCCUCAACCCCGAGCCACUGCAGCCUUGACAAAGUGACCACUUCUGAUUAAAACUGCCUCUCCCACAAGAUGAAAAAAAUAAAAAACAACUCAAAACUACAAACCAAAAAAAAAAAAGGAAAAAAAUAGUUUCAAAAAGCAUGGAUCAAGAUACGGAAAGGAAAAUUACAUGGAACCAGAGUUUCCCUUGAAUUCCUCACUGGCUGUUGUAGCCAAUACGUUUUAAUUUAGACAUCAUUGCAUGUUGUCAGAAAUACGUUUAAUUACAUCUACUUCAUGCUUACUCGACUCAAAUACCAAAAUGUUUUCUGUAACAGGUAGUUUGGGCAAAUAUCAAAGCAUUUUGUUUCCUGCUUUAAAUUGACUGACAUGUGUUUAACAGGUAGGAUUGUCGUAUAUAUUUAAGAUGCAUAAAUAUAUACGACAAUCAUAACUCAAUAAGGUAAAUGUCUUUUGAUAUUCUCCCAAACUAAACUGACUACCUGAAAGUUUUCUUAAUCAUUUGUUUUUAUUUAUGAAAUGAAUGUGACUCAAUCUGACAUGAAUCAGGGCUUAAAAAAAUGCAGAUUCAAAUUUUUAAAUGACCAUUAAAACCUCAAAUAAUAUCCAAUGAAUUUUGCAAUGUGGACUGGCAGGUGGUCAACGCGCUACGUGACGGGGUAACGGUCUGUGUUAGUGCUGAAAACACUACGACAGGUUUUCUAUCGGGCUUCUCUUACAAACAACAUUGUAUUAAUAUUUUUAUUCUCUUGUUAAUCAUCUCAUCCUACAGUCCUGGAAAAGAAAAAACUCAGCUCCGGCUUGUUCAGAUCGCCGUCUGCUGAUGAAGCACUAACACACGACUUGUUCUGCUUUCUGUUCUUCUCCCUGAAGGGCUAAUAGUUAAUUAUUUGUGAUUGUACAGAAUUCAACUGAAAACGCCUUAAAUAUUUUUGUUGUAAUUACUGUUUAACUUGUGAAUAUUUAAAACAGCUUUGUAUGUUGUUGUUUUAUUUUCCACUGAAGUAUCAUACCAGAUGCAACAAUAGUAAUAAUACAAUGCUUCUGGAAGUGUUCACUCAUAACUUUUCUUCACUUAUAUGUAUGAUGAGCGAUUCAUUUGGUUCUUGAAGAUUUGUUAGAUUAUCAGUAAUUUUGUAUUGAUUUAACAUUACUGAAUUGUUGUAAUCUGACCGACUCAUUAUUCAGGUUCAUUUGGAUCAAAAGGGAUAUUUCUGUCGUGCCACUAAACUAUAUAACGGUAAAAAACAAAACGGUACUCUUGUA